GGUGAUCUAGCAGCAGUACGAAGCCUGGGUAACGACUGUCGACAGGAUCUUUCGCGUCUCUUGGAGCUCUGUCGGGCGCUGUGCGAGCGUACCGAGCAUCAGAAUGCCAUCUACCGUCUUGCGCGCACCCUGGAAGGCAAGGCGACCCAGGCACAGCGAUGGCUCCUUGAUCCUCGUGGGCCCCAGUGCCAAGUUGGUUAUGAGGCCUCCAAGGCGUUGAUUGCACAGGCGAACCAAUUCAUCCAAACGGAGUUGGAAGAAGGAAUAGAAAAUCUUAAGUUCCAGGGCUCCUGCAGUCGUCUUCACUCACAGACAGAUCAGCUCUACGCCAUGCUUGGAAAACCUCUCAGUAAUUUGCAUUUUUAA